AUGGUAAAUUGCAACACUCUUCAAAGAGUGGCUGCGAUCUCUCUCCGCGAGUCCCAUCGGCUGUCUGCCCUCAGACACGUUGAUGGUAGAGCAUUCGACCUUGCUCGAAACAGAGCCAUUGAGAAGACUCUUCAGAAAAGGCCCAUCCAGAAGUCCUAUGAUGACAUCGUAAGGAUUGGAUUCAACACCGUGGGUACUCCAGCUGAUCUGCUUACAUUUUACCGGGAGUUGCUUGAAGAACACAUAUCAGUCGCUUCUGCACUCGUUGAUCAUCAAGUGUACCUUGCUAGCUCUGAUGCUGCAAACGCCGAGCAGGCUCCAGUCACCACUCCACAUAUGAAGAAUCCUGAGAGGAGAACACUUUUCUUAUCGUUGAUAUGGCUGGACCAGAAGGUGCCGCAGGGCCCAUUCUUCAGAUUGCCAUCAAGCAUGCCGACAACUACUCUGCUGCUUUUCGUGCUCUCCAUCCUGGGGAAGAUCGUUUCCUGA